AUGAGUCCCAGUGAUGGAGCUGAUUACUUGGAGCUUUCGGCGCCUCAGAUAUGCGGAAAGCACGACUGCAAGGUUGAUAUUUGGGGGGUGGGAAGCCUCAUCGCAUAUUAUCCUACCUCGACUAUGGGUUUGUCCGACUUCAAAAACUCUUGUCUGAGCAAGGAUCCAAAGGCGAGGCCCACAGCUUCAGAAUGUUUGACGCUCAUCAACCGUUUGAGGGAAGAACAAGACCUUGGUAGUACCUUAGCCGCAAGCAGGAAUCUAGUGAUAUUGUCCAUGUGCCAUCAGCGUAUGGGAAGCGUGAAAAGCCAGAUGGGAACAAUGGCACUUGGUUAUAUAACACAAGUGCAAGGAUGGAUAAUCCAGAAAGGUUUAUUCGGUCAUGCAGGGGAAGAGAAAUUGGCAGUCGACCAAGUUGUUGUUGAGUGCGGCAAGCGAAUCCACGCUUAUCUGGGACAGAUGUUUCGGCAAUCUUCUGGUAGGGAUGUAUGGCAAAUGUGGCAACGUCGAAGAUGCGAGAGCAGUGCUCGAGAGCAUGCAAGCCAGGACGUCUACUCGUGGACGAUGAUGAUCGCUGCAUAUACCCGCUCCAGCUUGGGUGAUCUUUCCACUGGGAGAAGACUCCAUGACCGAGUCCAUGGCUUCCUGGAUUCCGACGUUGUUCUGUGCACUGCCGUGCUCAACAUGUACGGGAAGUGUGGGAGGGCCAAGUCGUUGUUUGAGAGGAUGACGAACAGGGACGUGGUGGCUUGGAACGCGCUGUGGAACUCGAUGAUCGCGGCUCAGAACUGGCAAGGAGAGAAGUCCUUGGAACUUUUCGAGAGGAUGGAGGAAACAAACAACGCGAGGCCGAACGCGAUCACUUUCGCACACGUCCUGUGCGCUUGCAGCCAUGCAAUAGGGGCCGUAGCUACUUCGGAUCCAUUUGGGAUCCAGCAGAGUUCUGAGCACUACAGAUGCAUGAUAGAUCUCCUCGGCCGCAGCGGGAACCUUGACCAGACCUGGAACGUUCUCCACUCGAUGCCUUUGAAGCCGGACUCGUUGACCUGGACAACUAGAGCUCAUUCUGAUGUGGAGCUCGGCGAGCUUUGUGCUGACAGGCUCUUCGAGGUGGAACCGGAGUACUCAGCCCCUUAG